AUGACCGGGUGGAUGGAAGCUGCGCUGGGACGACUGGGAAUACAACUGUGGACCCAAGAGGGAAGUUUCAAUGCCCAUAGUUCUCGUGGAGGCUUGGGAUUCAUUGAAACUGAAACCCUUGACGAAUUCAAGCGCACGUGGAAUUUUCUGAGCGAGAAAUUAUCCACCCUCGAUUACGAGAAGGAACUAGCACCGAAUUUGCGGCCGUUUUAG